UCCCAAUUCUCAGAUAGUGAAACAAACAUGGCGACAGACUGGAGUGGACAGGGGUUUACAUUAACUUUAUUCGUUUUUUCGUGUUUUGUGGCCGGUGGACAGGCCGAGGCUGGGCUCGCAGACCUGGGUAGCAGCACUCGGAUCAUCGGCAUGCGGCUGGAGAGGAGCGACAGGGAAUCCAACACCACUGACGAUGGGGUAAUACAGGUAACUGAGGAGAGCAACAUCCUCUUGAGGUUCUACGGGGUACAUAUCCUACCAGAGACGUCAACGAUCAUCAAGUUCAUGGAGACGGAUUCGGGUCAGGACGAAAAUGACAGUGGAAACCAACACACUGGCCCCUUUAACAGGACUUGUUACGAGUACACCAAAGAUUUAGUCAUUCGGGGAGCCAUGAACGUCAGCGGUAAGGGCACCACUGGGGUGCUCAACGUGAAAGUCAAGCCCCUUCGAAAAAGUGAGAAAGAAAAGAUGUACAGCUUAUGUGUCAAAGACACCCAGGAUAACAACUGGUACAAGUUGGGUGAGGAAGACGGAAGACUGCGGGUCGUGGAAGAGAAAACCUCGCUGUUGCCACUAUGGCUGCAGGUGAUCAUAAUCACUUUCCUCCUAGUUCUUUCAGGUAUGUUCAGCGGGUUGAACUUGGGGCUCAUGGCUCUGGAUCCCAUGGAGCUGCGAAUAGUGCAGAGCUGCGGCACUGAGAAGGAAAAGAAGUACGCCCGUAAGAUCGAGCCCAUCAGGAGGAAAGGUAACUACUUGUUGUGCUCGCUGCUUCUGGGUAACGUGUUGGUCAAUACCACGCUCACUAUCCUCUUAGACGACCUCAUUGGCUCUGGGAUCGGUGCCGUGGUGGCCUCCACGUGUGGCAUCGUCAUAUUCGGUGAAAUCGUGCCCCAGGCUCUUUGCUCAAGACACGGCCUGGCAGUGGGUGCCAACACCAUCAUGGUGACUAAGUUGUUUAUGCUCCUCACUUUCCCCCUCUCGUGGCCCAUAAGCAAGCUGCUGGACUGUGUUCUUGGUCAGGAAAUUGGCACUGUGUACAACCGAGAAAAGCUGGUGGAGAUGCUCAAGGUGACAGAGCCCUACAACGAUUUGGUGAAAGAGGAGCUGAACAUGAUCCAGGGGGCUCUGGAGCUCAGGACUAAAACGGUGGAGAACGUGAUGACCCCGAUAGGGAACUGCUUCAUGAUGCAAGGGGACGCCGUCUUGGACUUCAACACCAUGUCGGAGAUCAUGGAGAGUGGCUACACUCGGAUCCCCGUGUACGAGACGGAGCGCUCCAACAUCGUUGACGUCCUGUACGUCAAGGACCUGGCCUUCGUGGACCCGGACGACUGCACCACCCUGAAGACCAUCACCAAGUUCUACAGCCACCCGGUGCACUUUGUGUUCCAUGACACCAAGCUGGAUUCCAUGUUGGAAGAGUUCAAGAAAGGAAAAUCUCACCUGGCCAUUGUCCAGAAGGUGAACAAUGAAGGCGAGGGCGACCCCUUCUACGAGGUCCUGGGAUUGGUCACCCUAGAAGACGUCAUCGAGGAGAUCAUCAAAUCGGAGAUCCUGGAUGAAUCUGACCUUUACACGGAUAACCUCAACAGGAAAAAAGUGGCGCCCAAUAAGAACAAGAGGGACUUCUCCGCCUUUAAAAAUGAGGGUGAAUCAAAAGCCAAGAUUUCCCCUCAGCUGUUACUGGCUGCCCAUCGCUUCCUGGCCACAGAGGUGAGCCUGUUCAGCCCGUCCCAGGUAUUGGACAAAGUUCUGCUGCGGAUGCUGCGCCACCCGGACGUCAUCCAGGAGAUCAAGUUCAACAGCGAAGACAAGCGCUCGCCGAAUCACUACGUCUACCAGCGGGGCAAGGCCGUGGACUUUUUUGUUCUCAUCCUGCAGGGUCGUGUGGAGGUCGAGGCAGGCAACGAGAACAUGAAGUUUGAGACCGGACCUUUCUCCUUUUACGGCGUUAUGGCUCUCAUUGCCCCGACACUAGUGGUCGCCCCUCAUCCCUCGUCUCUUGCCUCUUUUAAGAGGUUCUCUCUGUUUUCUCGCUUCCCAGGUAAAACUGUUUCCUAUGACUCCCUGAGACCUCACACUGGAAGAUUCACCUUACCUGACUUCCGCUCGCCCUCCCACCUGAGCGGGCUGAACCGCACGGCGUCCCUGAGCGGCGCGGACCGCGGCGAGGCGCUGUCGGUGAGCGGCGGCGGCAGCAGCAGCCAGCUCAACAACAGCAGCAGCAGCCCCACGCCACAGUACACCCCCGACUUCUACGUCAGAGCCCUGACAGACCUGCAGUUCGUAAAGAUCACGCGGUCCCAGUACCAGAACGGCCUGGUGGCGUCCCAGCUGGACAGCACCCCCACGUCCCCCGAGAGCAGCCGGGCGGACAAGGCCACGCCCAUCGCCGCCGAGCUCGGGUCCCACGGCCACGCGCCCGCCGAGAACGGGCCGGACGAGACCACCCUCCUGCUGCUCAACGAGCAGAACUGCCCCCCCCCGGCCUGCCCCACGGCCAACCACCACAGCCAAUCCGAGAGCAGCAUCUGACCCCCCCCCCCCCCCUCUCCGCAGUCACAUCCUGCCGCCCGCAUAUGAAUGCGCGUGCGUCUGCUGUGGGCCAAAUGGACGGAUGAGUUAGUCUAGUCUCUGUGUGUGUGUGUGUGUGUGUGUGUGUGUGUGUGUGUGUGUGUGUGUGUGUGUGUGUGUGUGUGUGUGUGUGUGUGUGUGUGUGUGUGUGUGUGUGUGUGUGUGUGUGUGUGUGUGUGUGUGUGUGUGUGUGGAGGGGGGUUGGGGAAGAUGAGGAUUUAUGGACACUCCUUGCAAAGUGGGUACGGUCCAAUGAGACGGGUUCGCGUGCGCGCAGGUUCUGUACAUCCGUUAGGCUGGAGACAUAGCCUACGGGACUUAGUCACACUACACACACACACAGACACACACCUUUCACCCUGGACGUGUUUGUGUCCGUCGGUUAAUUUCGUUUCCUCUUGCACAAGCUAUUGGAACCGUUAGGACCCUCUCUCAACCCAAUCACAGGCCUGCUCUCUAACCAGAUGUUAGUUCAUUGUGCUGUGUCCGUCUGUCUGUCAGUCUACCCUUGCCGUGGGUAAAACUGUGUGUACAUUCCUGCAUGUAACCCCCCCCCCCCCCUCCCCCCCGACAGCCACUCCAAACCUCUUCUGCAUGCACACCCAUGUCCCAGCCAGACCCACCCAACCGCCACCUGUUCCUAGCAUGUGAGAGGACCUCAAAUCAACCUGUCGUAGUCGACCAUACUCUGUAAGAAAACUAUAACAAAGACCUUUUUCAUGUCGUGCAUUUCAUAGUUCAGACAUGUCUUGGUUUUAGAUCCAGAACGUACACGUGCAUGUGACCAGUAUGCAUCUUUUCUUUUUCUUUUUUCAAGUCCUGUAGAGGUGUGUGUGUGUGUGUGUGUGUGUGUGUGUGUGUGUGUGUGUGUGUGUGUGUGUGUGUGUGUGUGUGUGUGUGUGUGUGUGUGUGUGUGUGUGUGUGUGUGUGUGUGUGUGUGUGUGUGUGUGUGUGUGUCCCCGUUCAUUGCCUUCCCCAUGUGGUAACGUAACCCACAGCCUUUCUUACAUGGUUGUCGAGAGAUUAAGGAUGGAUAGCAAUGCAGACCGAUUAAGACAAUCGCAUAAGAAACCACUAUUUUGUUAGGGUGGACUGGACUGUGUCCCCUGUUGUCCUCACUAGUCGUAGUCUCCCACUCAGGGUCCUCUCCAGGGCCAGGUCAUCCACUACCAAGCAGAGACGCGGAGCUGAGAUUUGAAUGUGUUGUCCAUGCCACCCGUUUUUGCCUUGAGUACCGGGGUCAUGGAUGUUUCGAUUGGUUUAAUGGAGGGAGUGUGUGUGUGUGUGUGUGUGGGUGUGGGUGUGGGUGUGCAAUCUUUUUGUAUAAGACCAAAAUCCAAAACGACUUUUAACUACUGAAGCUAGAUAAAAAAACAACAACAACAACCUGUUAAACGUCUUUAGUCUUGGCAUAGCCAGCAGUUCCCCCGGCUGUGAGGCCCUGUUUAAUCCCUUUGUGAACCAAAAGUAGACUUUCUAGUCCCUGCAAGGGGCAAUUAUAAAAGCACUUUUUAUUGGUUAUUUUACAGUGUAGUUUUAAAAAGCCAAAGAAGUCAAACCAAUUGUUUUAUUUGUUGCCUUUCUAUGUAUUGAAAUAAUCAGAGACAUGCUUCAGACAGUUCACACAGUCAAAAAACAUUACGUUUGAUUUCCAAAGCGUUUUAUGCAUUUUACACCUAAACAUAUGUUAUGGAAAGUAACAAAAUGUGUAAUAUAUAAGUAGUGUCUAAAUGUGACUUGUCUAUGUAAUGCUAGUUCGGUGGAAAUAGGAGUUUCUAUUGUUUGUUAUUUCAAAGUUGUAUAUGUAUUUUUAUUUUGUGUCUGUUUCAUGAUUGCCAAAUUACGACCAGAAUUUAUAUAUUUAUCUACGGGGAAACAUUUGAGGGGAGCAUAGUGACAAAUAUUUUUUCUAUGAAAUCAUAUUAUAUUGUUCUGAAUAAUCAUCAAAAUGUUGACGACAAAAAACAAAGAUGCCAGGGGAAUUCUCACGAUGCCAAUCAUUUUCCCCCAACGUUGCAACUUCUAUUCGUACGACAGCCACGGAGGUUAAGGAAGUGAGACGAUUCAGGCGUGACUCACACGCACACAAAACAGUGCGUGUUUCACCGCUCACUUUUCAUUCAGGUGUAAAGCGUGAACGACUGCUGCUCGUCCGGUGCCGAUACUCACCGUUAACACGCAAUCUCCUCCGGAACCUACACGUUCCCCCGUGCCAGAUCUUUAUAUAGGGCGGAUAACGAUGACGCAACGGCGGAUGAAUACUACGAUGCAAAUCAGAAGCACUUUAUUUAGGACAGCUGCGCGCUGGCGUUGACGCAACUUGGAUGUUGCGCAACGCUGUUUAUCACCCCGGGGCGCGUCAGCCUUGUGCUUUUUUUAUGGACUCGAACCAUGACUUUGUACUUCAAGUCACAUGAUGUCACCUUCUUCAGUCAAAUGAUUUGAAUCUCGAGAAAGUCAUGCCGCGGCCGAGGCUUCUGCCGUAAAACCAUCAUUCCCGAGCGACUCUCACUUCUUCAUCUUAGGAACAGAGCUUGAUCCUUUGAGACUGACUGAUCGUUAUUGCAGGUCUAAGAGUGUGUGUGUGUGUGUGUGUGUGUGUGUGUGUGUUCAGGGCACCCCCCACCCCUACAAAUAUGUACAGGGUUUUCUGUAAGUGUUUGAGUGCUCAGUUUUUCUUGUUUUUUUUGUACCUCAGAACACUGUAAGUAAUCAUUGUAAACAAUCAUUUUUUUUAAUGUCAUUGAAUUUUGUUUUGGGAGCAGACUGAGUGGAGUGACUUCUGAAUAAAUUAAAUUAAAAUGAUUGUCCUCCAUUCUUUCUGGUGUGCUUAACUUAAAAGAAAAACACGUUGUAAAUACUGUUUUUAUAAUGACUCAAUGAGUUUUGAAAAUGAACAUUAUCAAUAAACCUGAGAUUUGUUUCUCAAUGGAACUUG